UAGAACUGCUAGAGCCGCAAGGAUAGAGCCGCAAGGAGAGCUCCAGAGAGGAACGCGCCGACGAAAGGAGAGCUCCCGCCGGACGACGGGGCUUCCUGAGGGCGGCACACGGUGGCGACUUGCAGCGGAGGAGACGACGAGGGUGCAGGAGACUACGUCGCGGGGAAGGAAUGGCGGAGUACAUGAGCGUGCAGAUGAGAGCGGAGCAGGCAUCGGGGUGCUCCGCCGAGGCCGGAACGGGCGCUCUCUACUCCCACGAAUUGGAGGAAGAGAUCUCGUGGCGGGUAGGGGUGUGAGAACGACUGGAGAAAAGAGGUUCUGAAUCGUGAGGGAGAUCGAACAGUUCGUGGGACGAGGAGUCAGGGGAUUUUCGUUUAUGGGUUGGCCUUAGGGCCUAGUUGGCUUAUUUGGGCUGUGUUAGCCAGGACGUGGGGUGUUGACCCUUUUUCUUUUUUCGGUUUAUUUGGUUAGUUCGGGUAACCGAGGAUAACAACCGAACUGCCCGAAUAAAAUUCGGUUUUUCAGAUUCUAAAACCGAAUUGAUCACCAAAAUUAUCGGUUUCGGUUACGGUUUUUGGUGUGGGAAUUCGGUUUUCUGUUAAAAUGCCCGCCCCUACUGCGGGCAACCAAAGUACGUACUACCAAACUCGCUAGAGUCAGCUCAGCCCCCGGUGCCGGCGCCGGCCACCUCCCGCCUCAAAAGCCGUCCGUCUCAAUGGCGCUCCGCCGCUUUGCCCGCGCCACCGCCUCGACCGCAUCGACCUCCAUCUUCCAGUCCUUCGCUACCGUUGCUCCACCAGCAGCAGAGACAGCGUCCCCGUCCCCGUCCCCGUCCUUCCUCGCCCACCACCUGCUCGACGAAUUCUCUCGCCCGCGCGCUACCCGCGACGCGGCGCGCCUCCGCCGCCUAUCCGCCCACCUCACCGCUCCCGCCGUCGAGUCCGUCCUCGUGCGUCUCCCCUCCUGGCGCCACGCCCUCGACUUCUUCCAAUGGGCAGACGAGCAGCCGGGCUUCCGCCACUCCUGCUACACGUUCAACGCCAUGGCCUCACUCCUGCCGCGCCACCAGGCCGCUCACCUGGACCGCCUCGCCGCCGACGCGCUCGCUGCGUGCUGCCCCAUGACGCCCGGCGCCCUGGGGUUCCUUCUCCGCUGCCUCGGCGCCGCAGGGCUUCCCGACGCCGCUCUUCUCGUCUUUGACGGCGCCAGGACGUGCCUCAGCUGCACACCCAACUCCUACACCUUCAACUGCCUUCUUGACACGCUGGCCAAGGCCGGCCGUGCAGACGACGCGGAGGCAAGGCUCCAGGAGAUGGUGGUGAGGUGCGGCGAUGAGAGUGUUGAUAAAUACACGCUCACCUCGCUCCUGCAGUGUUACUGUAAUGCAGGCCGUCCAGAUGACGCAAAUGGUGUGUUCGAAAGGAUGAGCCAGCGGGGAUGGGUGGACGAGCACGUGCUGACGAUUCUGGCAGUGGCAUUCAGCAAGUGGGGGAAGGUGGACGGGGCGGUUGAGCUCCUGGGGAGGAUGGAGCUGUUGGGGAUGAGGCCGAGUGAGAAGACAUUGAGCGUGCUGGUCCAUGGGUUUGCCAAGCAGCUCAGGCUCGACAAAGCCAUGGAGAUGUUUGACAAGAUGGGCAGUUAUGGGUUUGUUGCUGGUUUGCCGAUGUACAGUGUGUUAAUUGAGGGUCUUUGCCAGAAAAAAGAAAUUGGAAAAGCGGUAAAAUUAUUUGAGGAGAUGAAGAGAGGUGAGGUUGCUCCUGAUGCCCGCUUACUCAAGAAGAUGCUCGAGGCGUUCUGUCGUGAAGGAGAUUUUGCCAUUGCUGGUCUGUUUAUAAAUGAAAAUGCAAGGCAGUUGAAACCUAGCGGUGUUAUCGCAUUGUUCAAUGUGGUUCUAGAAGGGUUUGUUAACCACGGUCAGGCAGAAGCAGCUUAUCAGUUGCUCACAUCCAUGAUACGUGGUGGUCAGGGGAUUAGUGAUGGUGUUACUGUUGGUGCACAUGUUGUUGAUAUCAGUGAGGAUGUUAAACCAAACUCUGAUUCUUUUAACAUUGUUGUGUGUGGCCUUUGUAAGGUUAAGAAGCUGGAUAAUGCCUUGGCUCUCAUAAAGGAUAUGACUGGCAUUGGUUGCAAGGGAAAGCUGUUGAUGUUUAAUGAUUUAAUCCAUGAGUUAUGCAGUUUAGAUAGGCUAGAUGAAGGAUACAAAAUGUUUAAUCUAAUGAAGAAUCUUGGUUUGAUACCCUCAGAGUUCACGUACAAUUCAUUGUUUUAUGGCAUUUGCAGGAGGAAAGAUCCAAAUUGUGCUCUUGAUUUACUAAGGGAUAUGCGCACAAAUGGGCACAGACCAUGGAUAAAGAACUGCACAGAGAUGGUACAACAGCUUUGCAUCAGUGGCAGAAUAACAGAAGCCCUACAAUUUCUAGAUGAAAUGCUUAAAAUGGGUUUUCUUCCUGACAUUGUGACAUACUCUGCUGCCAUGAAUGGAUUGUGUAAAACCGGUGAGGUGGAUAAUGCUUUAGGGAUUUUCCGUGACAUUUCUUCCAAAUAUUAUCUUCCUGAUGUGGUUGCACAUAAUAUCUUGAUAAAUGGGUUCCGUAUAUCAGGUAAACUAAGUGAGGCACAAGAAGUUAUGGAAGAGAUGUUGGAGAAGGGCCUGUUUCCUUCAAUUGUUACCUACAACCUUAUGAUUGAUGUUUGGUGCAAGUCAGGCAAUAUUGAAAAAGCAAUUGCCUGCUUAAAUAAAAUGAUUGAUGAAGAAGAGUCUCCAACAGUAGUUACAUAUACAAGCUUGAUAGAUGGACUCUGCAGUACUGGAAGACCUGAUGAAGCCAUAGCCUUGUGGCACAAAAUGAUGGAUAAAGGUUGUGCUCCAAAUAAGAUAGCAUAUACUGCUUUUGUAAAUGGAUUGUGCAAGCGUGCUCGAGUAGAUACGGCACUGACCUACUAUGAAGAGAUGAUGACGAAAGGUUUUGAGUUAGAUACAUUUUCCUGCUUAUAUUUUAUAAAUUUUUUGAUAUCAACUGGAAAUGCCACCAAAGGAUGUGAGCUUUUGAAAGAAGUUCUCCAAAAAGACAUCACACAUAGUGGUGAUUUGAAAAUGGCAGGACUAAUAAAUAAAGCAGUUGAGGAGCUGUCUAAAGAUGGAAGUACUUCUCCAGAUAUCAAUAUACUUGUACAGAAAGGCUUAGUUUCAAGGGCUCAAACUAUGCACAAGAAAGAUGAAAACAAUUGACCCCUGUUGCUGGCAUGAGUCUCGGAUGUCCUCAAGUCCUUGUCUCAAACAAAUUAGCCCGAGUGUACUUCCAAGGAGACAAAUGCUGCAGAUUUUUGACGCUUUGAUCUACAUGCCUUUUGUGCUGCAUGUAUUCAACUUCCUUUUGAAGAUUUUCCUCCAAGGGGGCUUGAAACCAGGGAUUCAAAAUUGUUUUAGUCCCUGGAGACCCUGUAUAUAUGUGGGAUUAUACAAACAGAAACCAAAACCAUUCGAGAUUUUUCACUGUUGGGAAUCAGGAACCAACUUGCCCACUGGUAAAGAAUAGUAUUGCGCUGAGAAGUUGUAUCAGAAAACUAGCAAUCUUUUGCAUUGUUAGAAGGACGAUGUGACUUUAAGUUAUGCACGUUGUGCAAGUUAUGCGCAUAUAUUCUCAGUAGCACAGGCAUUAAUCCAAUGAACAGAACUAUUCAGUUGGCAUAAGAGUUUAUAACUACCACAUAGCUUGAUUUUAGUUACUAACCAACUUCUAAGUUAUGAACUGGAAAGCAAUAGCUGAUCCACAUUCACCAAACUGAUAUUGGUUGCUAGAUAGCUAACAUAGCUUUUGGCUAUGAUAAGUUCUGGAAUUGGAUGCACUUGUAUUAGGAAUCUGCUGCAAGGCGAAAACUUGCAAGGGCUAGAAGAAUACUCAUUCUAUUUGUUGUGCUCUUUAUGGUAACAUCAAUACAAUAUUGCAAGGUUUAAUUAGCUAUUUGGCUUCUAUUGUCAUAAGGCACUUAUCUUUUUGACAAUAACAUGGGCUAUGGUUUCAGAGGGGGAUUUUCUGAUGUUUUGGAUUUGAAAAAUGUCAUGAGUCAUGACCACAGAACCAGAUAUCGAACAGUUACUAUUUCAUCACUCGAGAGUGUGGAUGCUUGAUGGUGUCUGCAUGGAGUUCAAAGUGAACGAUCAUAUGUGCACUUAUGGUGAUUGUAAGGGGUUGGUAUGUACCAACUACAAUUGGCAGGACAAGAUUAUCCGAUGUUACUUUGACCAUGCUGUAGGAACCCAGAAAGAGGAUGGAUACGAUGCAAAUGCAAUGGAAAAUUGGUGUUAUGUACAUAAACAUACAGGAGACUUGACCUUUCAUGGGAAUUUAUAUUGUACGAUGCUGAAGUGAUUUAUAAAGAGCAGGUGGGGUUUCUAAGAACAUUCUUGAUGGACAUGAAGUUCGGCCCAGGAUACGAACCGCUUGUGGGGGUUCUUGCCGCGCACAGCUUGGUGCAGAACAUCUAGGGCCACCUCCCGACGUCCCCCCUGUUGCAGUACCUUGAGCUUUGGCAAGUGGCUGGGAGAAUUCAGAUCUCCGGCGACCCCGACUGCCUGGAGGCGUGUGAUUCAUUCAUUCAGCAGCCUCAGGUUUAUCAACUUACAGGGGCUGGUUUCAGUUUGCAUUGUAGCCUCCCUCCAUCAGUGGCAGAAACUGAGAGAAGUAAAGACAAAGUUGAUGGUUCUUUUCUGGUAGAACGUGGUGUGUGGGGAGCUGUUCUUCGUGAGUUUUUGGGACACGAUUGCAUCUGGUGAUGGCCAUCUCUCUGAUUUCAUGUGUGUCCUCUUCUAGCCGAAGCUGAAGCGGCUUUGUAUGGUAACAUGGCGACUGAGAAGGUGAUGAUGGAUAACGUAAUCCCGCAAAGGGGCUCUGCUGUUCGAAAGAACGUGAUGGAAAGUUUGGACUACAAUCUAUCAUCGGUGAUUCAAGAUCGGAAACCCACUUUGGCUCCCGAGAUCCAGUGCUCCCUAUAGUUCAAACUUCAUGAAAAUCAGUUUCAAAAAAAUCUGAAUUUUUUUUGUAGUGUUAGUAUAGACAUAUACUACAUAUCUGUACAUUUUCGUGUAAAGAUAUAUUGAUUUGUGGUCUGUGCAAAAAUAACAAAUCCGGAGAUGUAUAAUAGCGCUAUCGUACCUCCCCAGAUUUGUUAUUUUUGUACAGACCACAAAUCAAUAUAUCUUUACACGAAAAUGCACAGACAUGUAGUAUACGUCUGUACUAACACUACAAAAAAAAAAAUCAGAUUUUUUGAAACUGAUUUUCAUGAAGUUUGAACUAUAGGGAGCACUGGAUCCCGGGAGUCAAAAAUCCACGUCCGAUUCAAGAUUUAAAACUUCCAUUCGGGUUUAUAAGGCUAGCGCAUAUUCCUAAAUCACCAAUUUGGCCGAAGUAGCAGCUUCAAAUAAGUCGAUGGAGGUCUGAGAGAUGUCCAAUGUCAGGUCCUGCCAGGGACAAUCCAGAUCCGUUCGCUGUAGCCAAAGCCAUUUGGAUUGCAACGCCAAUGGUCAGUCCACUGCUUUCUGGACCGAUCCAUGGGUGUUCGCCUCCCGACUGAAAGAUGCGGCUCCCAAUAUCUGUGCUGCUGCGCCAAGGGGCGAUCUUCAUCUUUCAGUGGCGGAGGCGCUUCACAAUCAUCGCUGGCCUAGAUUGCUCGAUCUGAACGUCUGAACGUAGUUGCAGAACACUGGCAGGAGUUCAUCCUUCUAUGGGAAUGCGUGGACAACUACACUUUGACUGAAGGGGACGACAACUUCUUUUGGUGUUGGUCAGAAUCAGGGCAAUUCUCGUCGAAAUCAACUUAUAACGCUCUCCUUGGCGGAAGGGAAACCAUGCCAAGUUUGGGCCUCGUUUGGAAAUCCAAAGCUCCCACUAAAUGCAAGAUUUUAAUGUGGCUUGUCCGUCGGCUACGGUGCUGGAGUGCUGACAGACUUGAGAGGCACGGUAUGGAUCACCCGGAGGCUUGCCCUUUCUGCGAACAGGAACCUGAAACUAUCAACCAUCUGUUGCUGGGCUGUUCUUUCGCCAGGGAUGUUUGGGUCAACAUCUUCGACACUUGGAACAAGGUGCAAUGGACCCCAACUGUGGAUCUAGGUUGGCUGAAUGGUGGACUGAUCUACAGAUCGCAGGCAAUGACAGGAAGGAGCUCGCCACUGCCGUUAACCUGAUUUGCUGGAUGAUAUGGAAGCACAGGGAUGGCAUAGUAUUUGACAACAAAAGCCCAAAUAUAAAUGAGCUUCUUGCAGCGAUCACCGAAGAAUGGAGAAAUUGGACAACUGCCAAGCUUUUCAGUAGUAGCUCUUCUUUUAUGCACACCUCUAAUAGACUCCCAGGGCAAAUGUGGAGAGGCGCCGAGUAACAAUUAGAUGUAUUUUCUUUCUACAAAUGAAGAUACGUCGACUAAAAAAGAAAUAUCACAAAAAGUUAUAUCAUUGAAAAGUUCUUUUGAAUACGAAUCUAGAUGUAUGCUUUUUCUGCAAUAUAAUACAUAUUUAGUUUAUCAAA